CAACAUUUUGGAAAGAAACAGUCAGGUGAUGAGUGCUUGUGACAGCACAUAAAGAUCAAUAAAAUAUUAAAAAAAAUCUUCUAAAAUGGCUUUACAGGCAGCAGUUAAGGGUAAACUAAUCAGCGUUAUUGGAGAUGAGGACACCUGUGUUGGUUUUCUCUUGGGUGGGAUCGGAGAAAUCAACAAAAACAGACACCCAAAUUUCAUGGUUGUGGACAAAAACACACCGGUCAGCGAGAUUGAAGACUGCUUCAAGAGAUUUGUGAAGCGCGAUGAUAUCGACAUCAUUCUCAUCAACCAGAACAUAGCAGAGAUGAUCCGUCAUGUGAUUGAUGCCCACAACAUACCAGUACCUUCAAUACUGGAGAUUCCUUCCAAGGACCAUCCCUAUGAUGCCAGCAAGGAUUCUAUCUUACGUCGUGCUAAGGGCAUGUUCAACCCAGAUGAUUUGUCAAUGUUUGGAGCUGAUAACUACAGUAAUUGAUUAACUUUAAUUAUAUUAGAUACUGUUGGUGCUAUACCGUU